AGAGACGCUUAUGCGCAAUCCCUUUGCGCAUACUCAUCAUGGACUCACUACUACCAGCUUCAUACUUGCUCGCUGUCCUCAUUGCCCUCCCCACUUUAGCCUUUUUCCUCUCCAUCGCUAACAGAAGAGUUUCCAGAAAAUCAUCUCCCCACAGUACUCCUCCUGGCCAAUUUGGAUGGCCCAUCCUAGGGGAAACCCUAGAGCUGCUCCGUGCGGGCAGGGAAGGGAGGCCCGGGAGCUUCCUGGACGAGCGAGUCGACAAGCACGGGCCGUGCGUCUUUGCCACAUCCCUCUUCGGCGAGCCGACCGCCGUGUUCUGCGGCACUGCGGGGAACAAGUUUCUCUUCGGCAAUGAGAACAGGAAGGUGACGGUGUCGUGGCCGAGCUCAGUGGUCAAGCUGGUCGGCUCAUGUCUAAUCACUCUGGCCGGCGACGAAGGAAAAGUGAUGAGGAGGAUGCUAAUGAGCGUUUUCAACCAUGAAGCCCUCAUGAGGUUCACCAAGAUCAUGGAUGAAGUCACUUGCAAUCAUAUCAAAGCUAAUUGGGAAGGCAAAGAAGAGGUGCUUGUGUACCCGACCAUCAAGCACUACAUCUUCGAGCUCACGUGCCAGCUCUUCCUGAGCAUCCGCGACCCGCGAGAGAUUGCGGGCCUCGCACGCCCCUUCACAGCGUUCCUCGAAGGCGCCAUAAGUGUCCCUCUCGACCUGCCCGGGACGAGAUUCCGCGGCGCGAAGAGGGCGGCGAGGUCCAUCAGGAAGAUGCUCAAAGGGAUCAUCAAGGAGAGGAGGGCGGCCCUGGAGAAGGGGGUGGCGUCCCCGAUGCAGGACCUGCUGUCGUACCUGAUGGUUACCGCGGACGAGAACGGCCGGUUCCUGACCGAGACAGAGAUCAUCAACAACCUGCUCCUGCUUCUGGUGGCGAGCCAUGGCACUACGAGCUGCACCGUGACGAUGGUGAUCAAGUUUCUCGGAGAGUUGCCUCAUGUCUACGAGAAAGUUUUGGCUGAGCAGAGAGAGAUCGCCGUGCGAAAGAGAUCAGCGGGAGAGGGAUUGACGAGAGAAGAUGUGCAGAAGAUGAGCGAUACAUGGAGCGUGGUUUUGGAGAUCAUGAGGCUCGUGCCGCCUGCUCUUGGAGGUUUCAGAGUCGCCUUGGAGGAUUUCACCUUCGGUGGCUAUACCAUUCCCAAGGGAUGGAAGCUGAUGUGGAGUACUCUCACAACAAACAACGAUCCCGCCAUAUUCCCGAGCCCGAAGCUAUGCGAUGCGGCCAGGUUCGCGAGGAGCACGUCGCCCGCCCCAUGCGCGUUUGUCCCGUUCGGCGGCGGCCUUCGGAUGUGUCUCGGCAAGGACUACGCUCAGCUUCAGAUCCUCGUCUUCCUUCACCACCUAGUGAACAACUUCAAAUGGACCAAUGCAAUUCCCGACGAAAAGGUCAAGUUCGAACCGAUGCCGAUCCCAUCACAAGGACUUCCGAUUCGCAUUCGACCUCACCAUGAUCGAUUGCGAUGUUAAUUCCCAUCGGUGUGUUAUUUAAAGCUCGAGUUGUUUAGCUGGCAAGUUAACAUCAAUAAGCUUAAUUCGCGUUAAGUUGCAGGUGGACGUUUCAGUCACAAUCAUCAUGAGUCCGUCUUUGUGAUUGUGCCUGCGUUUACGUGGUUUCAUUGAAACUGCAUGCUAGUGUGGUGUGGCAAUGUAAGAAUGGUUGGCAAGUUAACAUCAAUAAGCUUAAUUAGCGUGAAGUUGCAGGUGGACGUUUCAGUCACUGCCUUCAUGAGUCCAUCUUUGUGAUUGUGCCUACGUUUACGUGGUUUCAUUGAAACUGCUAGUGUGGCGUGGUAAUGUAAUAAUGGUUGCAGUUGGUUUGAUCAGAUUGAAAUGUCCAUUUUGAGAUGUAGAUAAGUAGGUGACGGAUCGACAAUUAUUCUUGUCCCGUG